CCGCGGCCGCCGCCACCGCCACUGGCCCCUUUUGCUACUCCGGCCCGCUCCGACCCGCACGGCCUAGCGCGCUCCUAGCGUGCCCGGCGGGCGCGGCCCGGAUGCCCGCCUCCCCCGAGCCCCCCCCCGGCACGUGACCUGGGAGCCCGGUGCCUCACGUGACACAGCCUGCUGCGGGCCGGGGGGGUUGUGAGGGUGUCCCCGGGGUGCUCCCCGGCUGCCCCCCCCUGCACGCGAUGCGCGACCAUCGCGACGAAGGCCGCCGCUAGCGGCAUCGCCCGCCUCCCGGACGGUCGGCUUCCUCCGGGAAGCCCGCCUGGAUUGAAGGAGACCACGUACAACCCAGAGGGCACACAGCAUGGCCGAAAACCGAGAGCCCCGCGGAGCCGUCGAGGCUGAGCUGGACCCGGUGGAGUACACCCUGCGGAAGCGGCUCCCCCACCGCCUGCCCCGGAGGCCCAAUGACAUUUAUGUCAACAUGAAGACUGACUUCAAGGCCCAGCUGGCCCGCUGCCAGAAACUGCUGGAUGGAGGGGCUCGGGGUCAGAACGCAUGCAGUGAGAUCUACAUCCACGGCUUGGGCCUGGCCAUCAACCGCGCCAUCAACAUUGCCCUACAGCUGCAGGCUGGCAGCUUCGGGUCCUUGCAGGUGGCUGCCAAUACCUCCACCGUGGAGCUUGUCGAUGAACUGGAACCAGAGAUUGAUACGCGGGAGCCGCUGACCCGGAUCCGCAACAACUCGGCCAUCCACAUCCGUGUCUUCAGGGUCACACCCAAGUGAUUGAGAUGAGGCUGGCCCACCUUAUCCGCCCACCCCCGUACAGCUAGGCUCAGAUGUGGCUCUUCUUGUACUGAGUACUAUCCUGGACCUUCUUCCAGAGCCAUGUAGGAAAAAGCCUGUCCCCUCGCAGCCCAGAGGACUCUGAAUUGAGAGGGCAAAUACUGUCUUUUGUUGGGCCCAAGCAGUGGGGCCUCCUGAACCUUUGUGGUCUGUAACCAUUGUCGUAUACAAUAAAAAGUAUCAAGUUGUGUUGGUGCCCUGCCACCACGCUGCACUCCCUCUCCCCUGUGUAAAUUCUGGAAAGGAGAGUAGGAAAGAACUUUACAAGGAUUUAGGUACAGUAGGGGCACCCCAGUGUUUCCUGCCGUCACAGAAAGCAUAAAUUGUACUACGGACACUGCAACCUAAAACAAACUUUAGUACAGUGCAGAAGCCUGACAAUUCCAAUGUUUGCUUUAAAAUAUUUCAUCCUCACAGAAGAAGGCAGGGCAGAUAAAGUAUAUACUCUUACCUGCUGGAGUGCAGCUGGGGUGUAGUUGUAUGCUAGGAAAGCAUCAGGUUCUCUGCUGGCGGUUCCCAGGCCCAGGAAAGGUGAGGGUUUAAGGGUGAAGAGGGCAAACAAAGAUGGGGGCCUCCUUUGUGUCAGCCUGGGGUAGGGACUGAGACACUGCUUCAUUUGAUUCCUGGUCCUGUGGGGCCCAAAUUGUUCUAAACAGCUAUGGUCCAGAGCCCUUCAGACCCUUGUGGCUGGGCUGUUCUAAGCAGGAAAGGAUUGCCUUCCCUUUGAAUUCCUGGGCACACAGGUCAUAAGUACUUUUUUGUUGGGAUAUUUGUAGGAGGAUCUGAUUUUUCAUGUUUAUCAAACAAGUCACCUAAAGCAGUUUUUAUCAAAGUGGGUGGUGACCCAUAUGUGGGUCUUGGAAAUCAAUUUACUGGGUCAAAGCCUUUUAAAAAGCAAGUAAAAAAAAAGUACAACUUCAAUGAUAAUAUCUUGUUGACACUUUCAGUUAUAGAUGUGUAUAUAGACACAUACGUGCUAGUUAUGACAUCAGUUUUACUGUUGGGCGAGGUCACAGGAGUUUGAAGGCCUUUGAUCUAAACGUUAGUAACAGAAUUUGGAAGGCAGUUUGGUUUGGGGUUCUGAAAAUUAGCCUCCUCGUUUAACAAAACCUCUCCCUCUGGCUUGAGUAUUCCUGUUGACAAGCGAUUCAUGCUGCGGAAGUGACUGCCAGCCACUCAGGAAAGUGAACUCCUUACAGAAGGACUAGCGCUUCAUUCUAACAACUGAAUACAUGCUGAGUGCCUACUGUAAACCAAGGCCUGGGCUGGGCCCUGGGGAUACAAAGAUGGGUAUGAAAUGGCCCCUGCCUUCAAGGAGCUCACCACUUAGUUGGGAAGGUGGAUAUACCCAUUUUUUGUGAAAUGAGUAAGAUGUGUUACGUAAGAAGUAAGAAUAGCCACGAUACAGAAGUGUGGAGAAGGAAAUGGCUAACUUCCUGGUGAGGUCUCAGAUGGUUCCACCUUUUGACCUGGGUUUUGAAGGAUGAAAAGGAGCUUGCCAGGCAGAAGAGAGGGGAGAGGGCAUAUCAGACAGAGGGGUCAGCAUGCACAGAGGGGAUUCAUGAACAAGCAGGGUGUGUUCUGGGACUGGAGGGUCACUCGGGCAGCUAGAAAGUAGCUGCGCGGGCUUUCUCUAGUUGCGGCGCGCGGGCUUCUCAUUGCUGUGGCUUCUCUUGUUGCGGAGCUCGGGCUCUGGGUGCGCGGGCUUCAGUAGUUGUGGCUCGCGGGCUCAGUAGUUGUGGGUUGCUGGCUUUAGAGCACAGGCUCAGUAGUUGUGGUGCACGGGCUCUGUGGCAUGUGGGAUCUUCCCGUACCAGGGCUCGAACCCGUGUCCCCUGCAUUGGCAGCCGGAUUCUUAACCACUGCGCCGCCAGCAAAGUCCCUCCCUAUCAGCCUUGACUGCAAGACUCCCUUGUCCAGGAGCCCCCAGUAACGGGGUGGGGAGCCGGCAGGGAGCUGGAGGGAACUAUGUGUGUCCCUGCACGUAUGUGCUCCGCUCUCUGCUCCUGGCCUGGGCCCAGCAGAGGUGGUGGCAGCAGCCCUUUUGCAUUUGGUUUGUUUUGGCAGCUACGUCUCCCAGCUUAUUUGUUUGUUGUUUCUACUCCGAGUUCUCUCACUGCUUGCCAGUGGGGCUUCCCUCAGUGGCAGGUCUGCGGAAACAGCCCCUAGUCAUUGCCACCGAAGGAAGAAGGGGUGUGAGGGCAGGUAGGGGGCGUGGGGAAAGCUCCCGCAUCUGUUGGAGUCCAUGCGUGGUGGACCGGGCAGGGAGCUCUGCAUUCCUUCUGCAGGGAGGCCAGUGCUGGCCUCUGCUUCCCUCCCUCUUUGGUUCUCUGAAGUGUCUUCCAUCACAGCUUGGGAGGUGAUGGGGGUAGAAGGCGUGUCCAGGUGCAGUUUCCCUCCCUUUUGCUCAACCACUAUGGAGCCCACAGAGAGUGCGAAAUGACCUCCUACUUCGAAAACAGAUCCCCAGAGGCCAGAUUGGAAAUGCUCGUCUUGGAGGUGGGGUGAUCAGGGGAGUUCCUUAUCAAACUGCUGAGACGACUUCAAGGAGAAGCAGCGAUUCCGUUGUGCAAUCCAGUAACUGAUAAAUAUCUGACAGAUGAAUGGCUGGAUGUAUGCAUGCACAGGAGGACAGCUUGUUAUUGGCUACCCUAUAACAAGUCUCUGCUCCCUUAGAAACACCAAAUAUCUUUCACUGGAAGUGUGCAAGCAGAGGGUGGAAGUUCACCUUCAUGGGAUGUCCUAGGUCCCUUCCAGCUCAGAGUCUAUGAAUCUUGUUUGCUGCAAGAAAAAUAUACUUUCCUGAAAGUACUACAAUUACUUGCUGGUUGAUGAAAUAAGACAUGAACAGCAGGUCUUGCUUAUAUACAGAUCGGAGGAUGCCUCUGUCAAGCAAUAGGUUCUCGUAACUCAUUGGUUAUCAGUGAACCAUGAACAAUUUGGGAAAAUAUUUGCUAAACUUGGAGGUUUAAGAGUAUGUCUAAGGCUUCUAUAAACUACCUUGAGUAGAUCUUGGCCUAUGUUCCUCCAAGUAGGAAGAGCCUAAAGAGUUCACGCAGGGCUUCCCUGGUGGCACGGUGGUUAAGAACCCGCCUGCCAAUGCAGGGGACUUGGGUUUGAGACCUGGUCUGGGAAGAUCCCACAUGCCGCGGAGCAGCUAAGCCCGUGUGCCACAACUACUGAGCCUGCGCUCUAGAGCCCGCAAGCCACAACUACUGACCCCGCGUGCCACAGCUACUGAAGCCCGCGUGCUUGGAGCCCGUACUCCUCAACAAGAGAAGCCACCGCAAUGAGAAGCCCGCGCGCAGGAACGAAGAGUAGCCCCCACUCGCCGCAACCAGAGAAAAGCCCGCGCGCAGCAACGAAGACUCAACGCAGCCAAAAAUUAAAUAAAUAAAAUUAAAAAAAAUAGAGUUCAUGCAAAAUCCUUAAGCCCCAUGUUAACAAAAUGAAACUUUUGUGUUCACGACUGCACCCCUGCAAAGAUCUUACAUGGGAGAAAAACAUUACUCUCGUUGAUAUGGCCAGUAGUGUUUUAAGUUAGGAUUUUCUAGUUUUAGUUUUGCAUGGACAGGAAAGCUACUCUGACCAACUUAGCAGCUCUGUCUUCUGAUAAAGGAUGGGUGCCAUGGGAAGGAGCUUGGGAAUAUUCAGCCAUACUUGUGAGCAAGAGAUCCUAAGAUGGGGUUGACACUUCACAGAAACCUAAUCUGGGGAAGUGUUUCUGGAUCCCAAGGUGGAGGUCUUGGUGCUGUGGGCGCCCUCCUUCAAGGACUCAAGCACUGGAGGAGAGGCAAGAGACAAGUAACCAAGGAAGCUGGCCUGGUAAUGCUUCAGGCCUCAUGCAGUCCAACGUCCUUGGGACUUCUCCGGGCCUCCCUUGGGAGGAGACCCAUGUUAAUGGGACAAGAAACCCCUGUUUGGCCCCAGGCUUUGAAUAAACUA